CCCAGUUUCCAGAUUGGAACAUCACUUAGGGAGUGGUCAGGGUGAUAUGUUCAGAGGGAGAUGAGCCCAACAAACUUCGGAUUCACGACGCAGGAAUGGGGAACUUCAAAUAACUUUGAAUAGCGUUGCAGAGACUUCAUGUAUAUGCUGAAUCAGGGGUCUAUCAGGAAUUGGUCGCUGCUGGAAACAUCACUCGAAGAUUGGGGAACGUCUUUGAAAGAGAGAAAACACGAUUGUAAAGUGAACUAGUGCUCUGGCGUUUGCUGAUUUGAAGAUUACGGUGGUUUGGUUGCAGCGUUACACUCGGAUGUUGGUCAGGAAGCUCUACUGCCCACAGUGAGUUAUAGGGGGUGAGCGUGGGCGCAGGUAGCACAGAGUAGACCGUCUCAUUCCAUCAAGAGCCUGGACAAAUGGAAAUGUUGUACAUAGCCAUGGAGGUGCUGAUCGCGGUCACCUCCGUGCUGGGCAACAUGCUGGUGUGUUGGGCAGUCACGAUCAACCGGGCUCUCAGGGAGACCACCUUCUGCUUCAUCGUGUCGCUGGCGCUGGCUGACAUCGCCGUGGGCAUCUUGGCCAUUCCCCUGGCCAUCAGCAUCAGCAUCGGCCUCCAUACCAACUUCUACAGCUGCCUUUUGAUGUCCUGCGUCCUGAUAGUCCUGACUCAAAACUCCAUCUUGUCACUGCUCGCAAUUGCUGUGGAUCGCUACCUCCGCGUCAAGAUCCCAACCAGGUAUCGAAAUAUUGUUACGAAGAAGAGAGCCUGGAUCGCUGUCGGUAUUUGCUGGCUAGCAUCUGUUUUGAAUGGCAUGACUCCCUUAUUCGGCUGGAAUAGAAGCAGUGAAAGUGGGUGGAAUUUUACCAACGAAUACAAGAAAUGUGGGUUUCAAGAAGUGAUCAGAAUGGACUAUUUGGUGUAUUUUAAUUUCUUUGGUUGGUUACUCUUACCUCUAGUAAUCACGUUUAGCCUGUAUGCCGAAUUAUUUUGGAUAAUUAGGAAACAACGAAAAAUGAUGGUUCCCAAUGCCACUGACUCAACAAGAUAUCUUGGGAAGGAGUAUAAACUCGCCGUAUCCCUGGCUUUGGUUUUAUGCCUUUUUGCUGCCUGCUGGCUUCCUUUGAACCUGAUGAACACCAUUUCGUACUUUUGUCCUCAGUACAGCAACUUAGGAAUACCUCUCUCUGUCGGAAUAUUGCUCUCCCAUGCAAAUUCAGCUGUGAAUCCUGUGAUAUAUGCUUGGAGGAUUAAAAAGUUCAGGGUAUCAUUUCUUCAGAUCUGGAAUCAAUAUUUCCAAUGCAAAAAUAAUAUCAAUUAUACAAAUAAUUCUGGUGGUCAAAUAGGAAAGGAAACCAUGAUAAGUUGCAGUGUUUGAACAUAUCCCAGUACAAAUAUGCUGAUUUUACUAAGAUAAAGUGAUAGGAGCAGAAUUAGGCCAUUCAGCUCAUCAAGUCUACACCGCCAUUCAAUCAUGGCUGAUUUAUCUCUCCCUCCUAACCCCGAUCUCCUGCCUUCUCCCCAUAACCUCUGAUACCCUUACUAAUCAAGAAUCUAUUUAUCUCUGCCAUAGAAAUAUCCACUGACUUGGCCUCCACAGCCUCCUGUGGCAAAGAAUUCCACAGAUUCACCAUCUCCUGACUAAAGAAAUUCCUCAUUAUCUCCUUCCUAAAAGAACAUUCUUUAAUUCUGAGGCUAUGACCUCUAGUCCUAGACUCUCCCACUAGUGGAAACAUCCUCUCCACAUCUACUAUAUCCAAGCCUUUCACUAUUCUGUACAUUUCAAUGAGGACCCCCCCAUCAUUCUUCUAAACUCUAGCGAAUACAGGCCCAGUGCCGUCAAACGCUCAUCAUAAGUUAACCUCCUAAUUUUUCCAGUCAUUCUUGUAAACCUCCUCUGGACCCUCUCCAGCGCCAGCACAUCCUUCCUCAGAUAUGGGGCCCAAAAUUGCUCACAAUAUUCCAAAUGUGGCCUGACCAGCGCUUUAUAGAGCCUCAGCGUUACAUGCCUAUUUUUAUAUUCAAGCUCUCUUGUAAUAAAUGCUUGCAUUGGGUUUGCUUUCUUUACUACCAAUUCAACUUACAGGUUAAGUUUUUGGCAAUCCUGCACCAGCACUCCUAAGUCCUUUUGUGCCACUAGUAGUGCUCAGAAUAUACCAAAUAUGUUGUUUUCCUUUAACAUCACAACCAUUCAUCAGCUUAAAACA